GUCACACGUUACAGCUAAAAUGGCGACCUCCAGCGACAAGUCGCCGUUGUUGGUGAAUAUUGAAGACGAUUCUGUUGAAGUUCUCACUCCAAACACUCAAGCAAGACAUCCUUCUGUUAGAUCGGAAAGUUGUGAAGAAAGAAAGGACACAGAAAAUGACAGAGUACAAGAAUCAGAUGAUAUUGUCGCGAUUUUUGUCGUGGCUUUUGACACCCGAUCGGGUAAUAUAGUGGAGUGGUGUCUGCCCAAUGAUAUCAAUCUUGAUGGAGUGGAGUUUAAAGCUAUGGCAAGUGGGUCACAUACCGUCCUCACAGAUUUCAUUUACUUCAGGAAAGACAGGUACUAUGGUCUGAGCUGUUUUGAGAACAUGCACGUUGAGAGUGCAGCUGAGAGGGGAGCAAGAAUGAAAUCUGUUGGCGUCCUAUCAACAUCCUACACUAUGCUACACAGACAUAUGAAAUUCUUAGAACACCAAGUCAGACAUCUCUUGCAUUCCCCAGGAAGGUAUGAGGAUCUGGAAGCAUUCUUCGGUGAUCACAAAGCUUCCUUGCCUCUCUCCAGAGACUCAUCAUGGGAAGGUAUAGCUUCGGUCUUACAUAGUUCUUCAAGUCCUCUUCAUCAAAAUGCAUCAACAGUAGUCAAUUCUUCUCAACUAACUCCUCCUAGCUCAGACGAACACCGUCCACAUAUGAAGAUCACACACCCUGCUGGAUGCUUCAGUCAAUUUCUUAGUUUCUUUGGAGAGCAAAUCUUUACAUUGUGGAAAUUUAUCUUAUUAAGAAAGAGAGUUCUCUUCUUUUCACCACCGCCUAUAGGCGUUGUUUGUUAUAAAGUAUAUUGUGCAAGUCUGAUGAGCCACCAUGAUGUUAUCCUCAAUUCAGCUAUUGAACAGAAGCCAUACUUUUAUGUUAAUAUUGCGGAUAUUGACACCUUGGAAUCAGAAAUGUCCUACAUUGCUUGCACAACAGAGAAGAUCUUCCAGGAGAAGCAGAGCUUGUAUGACGUCUACGUCGACAACCAGAACGUGACGACCCAUGCAGCCAACCUGAAGGACCUCCUCAGGCCCAAUGAGGUGGACAAGGAGAAGUUCAUGAGGCUCAACAACCAGAGGGCGACAGCAGUCUUCAAUGCUAGGGAACAGGGUGUAGAACCCAGCUCAGAAGAGGAUGAUGAGAUCUUUGCCAAUUUCUUCCUUGAACAAAACAACCACAUCUUCCAGACGUUACAUGAGAUUUCAAGCACGGAAGACAAGUCUCUUACCAACGACCACAUGAAGGCCAUGGGGCUGGAUCCCAUCGGUGACCGCGCUUUCAUUGUUGACCUCCUGGAACUCUACGGCAUUGAUGUCAUUCUUAUGAUCGAUGCCCCUUGCUGUCCCGUCUGAAGGGGUGACCUGUUUGCUGUACCAGAGUGGGUUCUUCUAAUCGUAUCACAAAUGAGGUUUUAACAUGCUGUAAAUGCUACCUUUUUCAUGAUUAUUGAUUUUCAUGCUGGCAUGUUCACAGUUCCUUUAA